UCUUCACUGCCUCUUCUCUCAUCAACACUGACCACAAAUGAAUAGUAUUAAUUAACAACCCGAGGCUUAAUUAAUUAGCUUCCAUGGAAGUUGGCUCAAAGAACAAUCUCUUGUACUUCUUCAAGUCCGACGUCUUCUUGUGCUUCCACAGAGAGGACACCCGUGAAGGCUUCACCGGUUACCUACGUGACGCCCUGCUCAAGAAACACCUAAAGACCUCAAAGGACGUUCAGCGGUCAAAAGAUCGUCCCAUCUCCGAGCCCAUUGAGGAGAUCCUGAAGUCCAGGCUCUCGGUGGUCAUCUUCUCGGAGAACUUUGCAUCCUCCGAGUCGUGCCUCGAAGAGCUGGCUAUGAUCCUCGAGUGCAGAGAAGCCCUGGGGCUGGAGGUGCUGCCCAUCUUCUAUAAGGUGAAAAUCUCCGAGCUGAGACAUCAAGUCGUAGGAAAGACCGCUGAGCAUUUAGCCGCACAUGAUGAACGACACGGAGGGAACUCGGAUAAGGUUGCACGGUGGAGGAACGCUGUGAAGGAUUUAGGUGGUUUGAGUGGAUACACUCGCAGGCCCGGAGUUGAGUUGGACUUCACCCAGGAUAUCGUCAAAGAAAUCUCCGAAAAAUUGAGAUGGAAAAACCGAAUGCGGAGAAGAACAGUACAAGCGUUCGAUUUACUGCGGAUCAAGAUUGUACCAGAAUCUCAAGAAAGAACAACUGAUCAUGACGAGGAAAGGGAUGAUGCAUCUUGACCCAAAUUCGUCAUCGGAGAUUUCAAAGUACUGGAAUAUAUAUACAAGACCAUCAACACUUUUUUUUCUUUUUUCGAUAGAAGAAGACCAACGACAUAAAGUAGCUGUUCAGCUAGAAAUUAUUGGAAUUGAAUUCAUCGAUUUAACGGGUAAAAACUUUAUACUGUUAGAAAGAAGAAAGUUGCAAUUGUAAUCUCAACAUUUUUGUGGAAAUUGUAUAAGAAUUGCG